ACUAGUAGUAGUAGUAGUAGGACUAUAAGUAGGAUUGUUUGAAUUUGUAUGGGCAGUACUGGUAUUAAAGUAGUAUUAGUAGUUAUAUAAAUGAUUACGGAUUGGACUAAUAAUACUAGGGUUACACUAGUAUUAUUUCUGUUAUUAUUAUUAAUUAAUGAUUUAUUUCAAACCGCGUCAGCAGUUUGUCCUUCAGCUUCAUCAGCGGCUCAUUGGCUCAGACGCUCACGUGACCGUGUACCGCCGCAGCCUCACCUGAGCUCACCUGAGAGGGACGGGGUCUUCUGAGCAGCUGAUCAACAUGGCGGCUCAGACCCGCCGGAGCGCCAGACUCUCCGCGACCCUGCUGGGUCGCUGCGGAACCCCGGUACUGGUUCCGACCCGGGCCGGACCGGGACAGCACAGGUCCCCCGUGCCAGCUCUCCCCGCGCCGGGCACCUGGAGCUCCCGGCUGUCGCGGAUGUCCCACCGGGAUCUGUACCGGCUGUCGAUCGUGGAUCCGGAUCAGUUUUGGGGUUCUGCCGCCGCCGACAGACUGCGCUGGUCCGAACCGUUCCACCGGGUCCGGGACUGCGACCUCAGCACCGGGAGGAUCGCCUGGUUCCUGGGCGGAAAGAUCAACGUGUCCGUGAACUGCCUGGACGUCCACGUGGAGACACAUCCCGACCGAGUGGCUCUGAUUUGGGAGCGGGACGAGCCUGGUACAGAGGUGAAGGUGACCUACAGAGAGCUGCUGGACACAACCUGCCGCCUCGCCAACACCCUCAAGAGCCACGGGAUCCAAAAGGGGGACAGGGUUGCCGUCUACAUGCCGGUGUCCCCGCUGGCGGUGGCGUCCAUGUUAGCGUGCGCCCGUAUCGGGGCGGUCCACACCGUGGUGUUCGCUGGCUUCAGCUCCGAGGCCCUAGCCGGGAGGAUCCAGGACGCCCAGUGUAAAGCCGUGGUCACCUUUAAUCAAGGGGUGAGGGGAGGACGGCUCAUUGACCUGAAGGCUACGGUGGACUCAGCGGUGAAGAACUGUCCAACCGUCCAACAUGUGUUUGUAGCUCAGAGGACAGAAAAUCCUGCUGUGAUGGGACAGCUGGACGUCCCCCUGGAGGAGGCGAUGUCCUCUCAGUCUCCCGUCUGUCCCGCGGAGCCUUUGGACAGUGAAGAUCUUUUGUUUCUUCUAUACACAUCAGGAAGUACGGGGAAACCUAAAGGCAUCGUCCACACGCAGGCCGGUUACCUGCUGUACACCUCACUCACUCACCAGUACGUGUUCGACCACCAGGACGGCGACGUGUUCGGCUGUGUGGCGGACGUGGGCUGGAUCACGGGGCACAGCUACGUGGUCUACGGCCCGCUAUGCAACGGAUCCACCACUGUCCUGUUCGAGAGCACACCUGUUUACCCCGACCCAGGUCGGUACUGGGAGACCGUCCAGCGCCUGAAGAUCUCUCAGUUCUACGGAGCUCCGACGGCUCUUCGUCUCCUGCUAAAAUACGAUGAGAGCUUUGUGAAGAAGUACGACCGCUCGUCUCUGAGGACGCUGGGAUCAGGUACCCUGGACCCGGAGGAGGACUUCAUG